AUGGAAUCGUCUGUCCCAGCUGCUAAGCGACGCGAGACAGUCGACUGUUUCAAUUGCUCAGCAUCACAGCGAUCCUGUGAUCGAACAAAACACCGAUGCGAUACUUGCGCGAACUUGUUGGAGCAAUGCCAGGGCUAUCCAAGAGCGCUCCAAUGGCUCACAGGCGUCACAUCGCGAGGAAAACAGAAAGGCCGCUCUAUCAGUAUCGACGCUUCAAACCCCCAAUGGGAAUCUACAACACCAACGAACCACACCUUCAUAUUCAAGCAAGGACGACCGCCGAAAAGGGGUAGAGUAGAAACUAGGGCAUUGAAACAGCAGUGGAAGCCCAAAUCAAGGCCCAAAACGACACAAGAAAGCCGAGAAAAUAAUACCCAAGAAGAGUCACGCCAACCCAGCGUACAUGUCGAAUUACAGCCGCGCAAUGGAAUGGCAGUGCAUGAUUUUUCUGGCCUUGGUGCAUUUGUGGCUUUCGAUACUGCUUUGGAUAGCAUCGACAUUCACGGUUACCAGACUUCGCUAUACAGCAAUGAGAUUCCCUCUGCCACCCCCGCUGUCUGGGGAUCAUUAAAUCUUGGAUGGAAGGAAACCACCGAUUCGAUAGGGGACAGCAAUCUACCCUUUCCCUUGGUUGAAACUUACGACGAAGCGUAUUCUCGACCGCUGACUUCCCAGCCUGCCAUUGGAUCAUCUGAGCUGCUCGCCUUCUACGACGCUGAGCUGUGUACUCUCCCCUUGACGUUUGACUUUUCGGCAAACCCUUUCCGCUGCAAUACCGAUCCAUCCCAUGGGCCGCAAUACUUAUUCCAUGCCCUCCUUGCUUUCUCUAUACAACACGUUAGCCGUCUGGGCGAUGCGACGUGCAAAGACUCGACGGAUCAACAGAUAGCGUCGUACAGGUAUUCUGCGAAUAAUCAAAGCACAGUCGAACUCAUUUUCGCCGGGGACUCCACGAAACAUUUUGUGGUCGAUACCAUCUUAAUCCUCUUUGCGCUUGAUACUCUUACCUCUGCCGCUGGGCCUUGGUAUACGCGCCUUAGUGAUGCUUUCCAGAAGCUGGAAAGCCUCGGUGGGGUAAACGCUGUUGCGAGCUCUCCGAGAUUUCGUGCGCAGAUUGCCAUGUUUGUUUGGUGGGAUUGCAGCAUCUCUCUCAUCUCUCGAUCGCAGCCUGUAUUUCCACCAUCGUACUAUGACUUCGUGCUGUCUUGCGACGAUGGCUCUUGGAACAUCUUCACCAUAUCGGGAGUGCCACGACAAUUGUUCCAAUACUUCCGAGAGCUGCUUCAACUGGCUUAUGAAAAAGAACAGAUAUCAGCGCUAAGAUAUGCAACUUUCGACAUGAGUCGCGUCAGAGACCUGGAGCGAUACAUACAAGAAUACUCUGACGACGGCUGCGAAAUGUACGGCGCGUGUGCUGAUGAAGAGACUGUCCAGGCUGCGCACGAUCAUUACUAUGCAAGCAAUACUUGGAAAUAUGCUCUUCUACUGUACAUCUGCCGCGUCUUCAAAUGGGACAGAUCCAGUGACGCUCCAAUGGCUCAAGUACUCUCGCUUUCGAGGCAAUUAUUGGACAGCGCACGAUGCUGCAGGCCAGAAUCGAGUCUGCAAAAGCAGUUCUUGAUCCCGAUAUUCCUGGCCGGCGCAGAGGCGACCGGGGCUUAUUCACGAAACUUUGCAAGGGACUACUGCGAAGGAUGGUACAGGAAGUCGAGAUACAACAUGUUCAUGGAAGCGGCAGAUCUUUUGGAGGAGAUCUGGACGCAAAAGGACGCCCAGAACAACGCCUUUAGCAUUUGGUGGGGGAGCCUGAUAGACCCAAGGAAGCCUAAUGGGUCGGAAUUUCUUUUUGGGUAG